AGUGAAUGGAGGAUAAAACUAAAUGGACUUAAUGAAACCUUCUGAAGAAACCAACUGGGGAGAGGGGUGGGGGGCUGCUCUCCCAGAACCUUUCUAGUAGUAGUAUGAACAUUGCAAAUAAGCGAGGAUGCCAAAUGAUGCUCCCUUGCCACUAUUUAACGAUGGUCGUAGUGCUACAAGGUUAAUGACCCCAGAUCUACAGACUGAAAAAAGCUGUGUGAAUUGAGGGCAGCAUAAUUAGGGAAGACCCAAAACGGUUGCUUUUGGUUUCAUUUAAUUCAUUUACUGUCAUCGUUAUCAUAAAAUGGUAUGUAUAUGAAAUAUACAUAAAUAUUUUAGAGAAUGACAACUGCAUACAUUGUGUUUGUUUCUCUCUUUCUGUGGAAUCUGUGUGUGCAUUCUAAAGUGUUGGUGGCGUUCUCAGUUAAAACUAGAGUAAGGCUAAUUUGGUGUAGCGCGGGGAAAUUAAAUUCCAGUGGGAAUUUCUUGUGCAGCUGAGCCUGAGAAAGUAGAACAAGCAAAUUAAUGAAGAUCAGAGAGUUUUGUGUGUGUGCGUGUGAGUGAGAGGGUGUGUGUGCGUGCGCGAGAGCAAGUGCAAGCAUGAAAGAGAUUGGACGUGUUGCAAUUUUGUACAAUGUCUUGAUAGGCAAAAAUAUGCUUUUAAUUGAGGGAGGAUAAAAAUCAUUGACCUGAGAGUCCUUUAUUUCUGUUCUCAUUUUGUUUGUAGGGGAAAGAGGAGCAUGAAGACAUGGAAAGUGCAUAUGCAGUUAUUCAUCUGUGCACUAAUUCAAGGAAACCAGUAGCAGAUGGUUGCACGGGGGUGCAUGUUGCGAUUGAAACGCUUCCAUAAGUCAUUCCCACCCUUCCCCUGACAAGAGAAAGAUCACGCUAGUGUGGGACAAGUGCCUUACAAAUGUAAAAUCCGCUGUUGUCACAACACAUAAUCGUCUUUCAGAUGUACUAUUUACAAAUCAGCUUUAGAUUCAGCAGAAAGACACAGGUGUGCAGAGGGAAUUAACAGACUGCUCCGCCGAGGGUUAACAGGUUCAUAAUUGUCUUUCCAUGAUGGCAGGAUUGCCAAGGGACCGAGAGAGAGGGGGAUGCAGUAGGAGGGGCAAAGCUCCAGAGAUUUCCCAGUGUACGCAUGUCGCUAUCCCACGCUGAUAAAACACCUGCUAUCAUGCUACAGCCCAGCUGGGCUUCGAGUUACAUACCGACACCUAGGGCAACCAAAGCCCGUUUUGUACCUUUCCUUUUUGGUGAUGAGUAUCUCUGGAGCAGCGCUCGAACAGGUUUUAAUCUCAGUGGUAACGGCGAGAUUGGGAACUAUUUGGGGAAGCCCGACCACGCCUUUAGUCUCCCUUUGCAUUUUCAAGUGAGGCAGCCAAUUAGUACUACAGAAGGUGUCAUAUUUUCUUGUUGCCAAAACGAAAUUAUUUAUUUGAUUCCAAACACUUCUCAACACUCGUGAGGUCUUGUCAACCUUCCAUCUGUACUGUAUGCAGUUCUCUGCCGAUUUCAGUCAUAAAUAUAAACAAAAAAAAUACAAAGGAAUAAGAUGGAUAUAAUGUCAUGGAAUAUUAGGAAUUUAUGUUCUCAUUUUGUCUUAAUUUCAAUAUUGAGAAUUUAUUUGUAUAUAAAAUAUGUUGUUUUUUAUUCUGGGGAUAUAAAUAGACACCAUGUUACUGUAUACUGUAUGUUUGAGAGAACUUCGUCAUCAGACAUUGAUUCAAUAGACAAUGAUGCAUUUGUUUUUCUGAAAACCCCUUUAUAAUUUAGUUUUGUUGGGUGACAAUACUUGGCUGCAGUGCUGGAUAGCCAUGCAGGUAAAGUGUGACCUCUUAUGAACCAUCUGUUCCCCAUACAAUAGAAGAUAUCACGUUCAAGUGUACUUACAGGUAGGAGUUAUUUAAGCAUUGCCGAGGCAUCGCGAAUAUUUAUCACGUGGAACCUGGUUUUCUUUACACCACCAGGGAUCCAAAUGGCUUGACAGUAAAAUAUGGCUUUUCUGACAUCAUUAGUGUCAUUGACUGAUCUGUUCAUCUCUUCUAUUACCUUCUUCCCCGAUGCAGUGAGCCCACCUGCCAAGCGCCUGACUGACAGCUGAAUAGCCGCAGUGUUCGAUGAGGCGAUGUGGUUCAAGGGCGUCUAGUUUCCUCCGGUGAUAUGUGAUAGCCUGGACUCCUGUUUCUGUGUCUGCCCCCAGCUUGGCUGUACCAACUGCAAAGCGUUAAAAACGGCCGAUGUGAGCGCGCGGACACAGGCAAACGGAAACCGCUCCUCGGGAUUUAGGAGGGAAUUGAGUUUAAUUGGGGUUGAAUGCGCAGCAUGUAGUUCAGCUGGUAUCAGGGGAAUCUGCAAACAGCUCCGUAGGUUUUAAAAUUCUGAUUGACGAGUGGUUUUAUCAAAACAAAUAAUGCAAAGGAUAGUUUUGAACAUUUAUUGUGCCAUUGUUAUGAUGGAAGUGGCAAGUUCUGCAAAGGGCUGGUACGCUCAAAAGCUGAUGAGUGACUUGAUGGAGAACUACUCCAAUGCUCUGCGCCCAGUGGAAGACACUGACAAGCCACUUAACGUCACCUUGCAGAUUACCUUGUCCCAAAUCAAGGACAUGGAUGAAAGGAACCAGGUGCUAAUAGCGUACUUGUGGAUCAGACAGACGUGGCAUGAUGCAUACCUGAAGUGGGACAAAGAGAAGUAUGAUGGUCUGGAGGUCAUCCGCAUUCCUAGCAAUAUGGUGUGGAGGCCCGACAUCGUCCUCUAUAACAAGGCAGAUGAUGGGGACUCUGGGCCUGUGGAUACCAAUGUGGAGCUGAGAUACAAUGGGAUGAUCGUCUGGGAUCAACCGGCCAUCACUAAGAGCUCCUGUGUAGUGGACGUGGCUUACUUUCCCUUUGACCACCAGCAAUGCAAACUGACCUUUGGGUCAUGGACUUACAAUGGAAACCAAGUAGACAUCACCAUGCCGAUGGACAGUGCCGACUUGUCGGACUUAGUGGAGAACGUAGAGUGGGAAUGCCACGGCAUGCCGGCCAAGAAGAACGUGAUCAUGUACGGCUGCUGCGCGGACCCGUACCCGGACAUCACCUACACAGUGCUUCUGCAGCGCCGCUCCGCCUUCUACAUCUUCAACCUGCUGCUGCCCUGCUUCCUCAUCUCCUUCCUGGCCCCGCUCAGCUUCUACCUCCCCGCAGACUCCGGAGAGAAGGUCUCGCUGGGGGUGACUGUGCUGCUGGCGCUCACAGUCUUCCAGCUCAUGGUAGCUGAGAGCAUGCCACCAUCUGAGAGCGUGCCGCUCAUUGGGAAGUACUACAUUGCAACAAUGACUAUGAUAACUGCAUCCACUGCUCUGACCAUCUUCAUCAUGAACAUCCACUUCUGUGGAGCUGAAGCCAAGCCUGUUCCUCAGUGGGCCAAAACUCUCAUGAUAGACUACAUGUCAAAGAUCUGUUUUGUGUACGAAGUAGGGGAGAACUGCACCUCCCCUAAAGACCAGACCCAGGAGGACCACCACCAGACCCAAAUCCGCUACCACAACCGGCUGCACAAGAACCAGAAAAACCACCAGCAGCACAAAACUCGGAACAACCAGUCCUGCCCUCAGUCCAACAGCAUACCGAAGGGACCCACAGGUCCAGCAAACCAGAAGGAUGGAGGAGGCUACCCAAAGUCCUGCUCUCAACCUCUUCCCAACAUCCCUGAGGAGCACAAAGAGCUCUCCAGCCCUAACCCCCAGGUUUCACAGAGUUAUGAGGGUUUUGAGUCAAAGAGUUGCCUGAAGGAAGCUCCCCCACCCUGCUGUCCCGAAGAGGAGAAGCACCCCACCUACAUGACCAUCCACUCCUGUCGAUUCUGCUGUCAUCACAACAAUGGAGACGGGGGGCUACUUCCAGAGGACAGCUCGAAGCUGGUGCGCAACGUGGAAUACAUCGCCAACUGUUUCCGUGAGCAGCGGGCCACCUGUGUCAAGGUCGCUGAGUGGAAGAAGGUUGCUAAAGUGAUGGACAGGUUUUUCAUGUGGAUAUUCUUCGCCAUGGUCUUCCUCAUGAGUAUUAUUAUCAUGGGGAAAACUCCCCAAUGAGCAGUCGAUACAGUUCACUCAAGGAAAAGCACUGAAUGUGUAGUAUCCAUGAAAGCUUAUUUUGUACAAACAAAGCCCCUCACAACAUCUAACCUCAUGCUUAUCUACUUGGUAAGUAUACCUUCCUCUUGACCUC